UCUAUAUCAGAAACAACACUCUCUGCUUCACAAACACACUCAUGGAUUAUUAUCACCUUUGUCUGCUGCUGUGGACCUGCAGCUUCCUGCCAGAUCUUCAGUUCUGCUUCAACUUUGACAGCAAGAACUUCAAGAUCUUCUCCGGUUCUAAAGAAAACCAGUUUGGAUACACGGUGCAGCAGCACCAGGCAGGUGGACGCCAGUGGUUGCUGGUUGGAGCUCCCUUUGAGUCCACGGGGCAGCAGCAGACUGGUGAUGUGUUCAGGUGUCCGCUGGACACCAGGAACUCUGUAAACUGCAGCAGGCUGAACCUUGGAAAACUGUCUCUGGACCACGUGUCUGAGAGGAAGGACAACAUGAGGCUGGGCAUGACGCUGACCUCUAACCCCAACGACAACACCUUCGUUGUCUGCGGUCCCCUCUGGUCCCAUGAGUGUGGGAGCUCCCUGUACAGCACUGGCAUCUGUUCCAGGGUCAGCCGCAACUUCAGAGUGUCCAGCACCAUGUCCCCCGCCCUGCAGCGGUGUGAGACCUUGAUGGACAUUGUGAUUGUUCUGGAUGGUUCUAACUCCAUCUACCCGUGGUACGAGGUGCAGAACUUCCUGAUCACCGUCCUGCAGAAGUUCUACAUUGGCCCGGGUCAGACCCAGGUGGGCGUGGUUCAGUACGGCUCCACCGUGGUCCACGAGUUCGGUUUGGGCGAGUACCAGACAGUGGAGGAGGUGGUGAAGGCCGCCAGGGCCAUCGACCAGCGGGGGGGCGAGGAGACGAGGACGGCCCUGGGCAUCAACGUGGCGCGUUCGGAGGCGUUCAGGCGCGGCGGUCGACCCGGCGCCCGGAAGGUGAUGAUCGUGAUCACGGACGGAGAAUCUCACGACAGCCCCCAGCUGGUGGAGGCCGUGGCUGACAGCGAGAGGGACAACGUCACCAUGUACGCCAUCGCUGUUCUGGGUUAUUACAACCGACGAGGGAUCAACCCCGCUGGCUUCCUGAAGGAGAUCAAGUUCAUCGCCAGCGACCCGGACGAGAAGCACUUCUUCAACGUGUCGGACGAGGCGGCGCUGAAGGACAUCGUGGACGCGCUGGGGGAGAGGAUCUUCUCCCUGGAAGGAACCAGCAGUCAGGGUAGAGGCUUCGGGCUGCAGAUGGCACAGGCUGGCUUCUCCUCCCAUUUAGUCAAAGACGGCGUUCUGCUCGGGGCGGUCGGCGCCUACGACUGGACCGGCGCCGUGCUGAAAGAGACCAGACACGGCAAAGUGGUUCCACCAAAGUCCUCCUACGAGGGCGAGUUCCCAGAGGAGCUGAAGAACCACGGGGCGUACCUCGGUUACGCUGUGGGUUCUCUCAUCUCGUCUCGUGGCUCUCAGCUCUACGUGGCCGGAGCUCCGAGGUUCAACCACACCGGGAAGGUCAUCCUCUUCAGCCUGAAAAACAACGGGAACCUGACCAUCCUGCAGGCGCUGGCGGGGCAGCAGAUCGGCUCAUACUUCGGCAGUGUGCUGCUAUCGAUGGACGUAGACGAUGACGGACAGUCGGACCUACUAGUGGUGGCGGCUCCCAUGUUUUACAGCGAGGGCUGGGAGAGAGGGAAGGUCUACAUCUACACUGUUACCCCACAGACCACGUUCAUCCUCCAGGGGGCGCUGGAGGUCUCUGAGUGCUCUCAGAACUCCCGGCUGGGUUCGGCGCUGGCCCAGAUACCCGACAUGAACGGAGACGGCUUUGGAGAGCUAGUGGUCGGAGCGCCGCUGGAGGACGACCACCAGGGGGCGGUCUACGUCUUUUAUGGCCAGGACAAAAGCAUCCAGCGACAGCACAGACAGCGUCUCUCUGCAGCCGGGUUCUCUGCAGGUCUGCAGUACUUUGGUCAAAGUCUUCACGGUGUUCUCGAUGUCAAUGCCGAUGGACUGGUGGACCUCGCUGUGGGAGCACUGGGAGCGGCUGUCAUCGUCUGGUCUCGUGUAGUUGUUCGUAUUCAGGCAAAGCUGAACUUUGAACCCGAGAAGAUCAACGUCUUCAACAAAGACUGUCGUCGAGGGGGGAAGGACGUCGCCUGCAUGUCCCUUAAUAUCUGUCUGAAUCUGGACACAAGGACGAAGACCAGGACGAAGACCAGGACGGAUGUUGCGGUCUGGUACAAUCUGGUUCUGGAUGAGAGGCGUUUUCCCCCUCGAACAGUUCUGGACGAAGCGGACCGACAGCAGCCCAGGACUUGGUUUCUGCAGGUCGGAGGUCAGAGAUGCCAACGCCUCGGCUUCUCCAUCCAGGAGACAAUGGAUUACGGCCGUCCCAUCGUGGUCGUCCUGGAGACGGGAUUGAGGAGUCCGGACGAGGGGCCGGUGUUGGACCCCGACUGGCCAAGUGUACUGAGGGCCGAGCUUCCCUUCUGGAACGGCUGUGAGCAGGAGGACUCCUGUGUUUCCGACCUGGUACUCCACACUCACACCGACCUCAUGGAUGUUCAACAGUUCUGCAGCCCGAGGGACCGGGCCGGCCAAUCUCUCUGCAGCCUCCAGGGGGCGACGGAGCGCCCAAAGCACGUGGUGGAGGCCGGCAGGAGCAGGGUGGUGGUGUUCGCUCGACUGGAGAAUCAGGGAGAGAACGCUUACGGAGCCUCCAUUAACGUAUCCACCUCCUCCAACCUCCUCUUCUCCAGCCUCAUGGUCAAGGACCAAUCAGACUUUCAGAUCGAGUGCGUCGCUGAGGACAGACGGACCAAUAAGAGGAGCUGUUACAUCAGUGCUCCGUUCAUGAAGACCUUUUCUCAGGUGUCCUUCCGGGUGGAGUUCGAGUUCAGCCGCUACGUCUUCCUGGAUCACGUUCAGGUCGUCAUGGCGGCCAGCAGCGAGGGAGAGGAUGGUUACCCAGACGACAACAUCAAUGACAUCUUCCUCCGCCUGAAGUACCAGACCGACCUCCUCUUCACCAGAGACCCAAACCCUCCUCGUUUUGAGAUUAGAUCUUCCUCCUCCUUCUCCUUCUCCUCCUCCUCCUCCAGAGAACAACCAGACAGCAGCUCCCCCACCUUCAACCUCACUUAUUAUAUCCAGAACCUGGGCUUGUUCUCAGUGCGGGACGUCCUCCUCAGAGUGGACAUCUGGGCCGUGACCCGAGAGGGAAAACAGCUGGUCAACGUGACGGACUACAGCAUCGAGCAGGAAGCCGGGACUCAUUGCACGCUUCCUCAGCCCAGAGCAACCCAUCAGCUGACAGCUGAGGACCUGUCUCACCUGCCUCAGCUGAACCUCAGUAACAGUGGGAGCCUGGUGGUCCAGUGUGGACUCAACCUGCCGGCCUCCAGCGGGCUGCAGGUGACGCUCAGAGGACGUCUUCUGCUCCCCGCUCUGCUUGCUGUGAGCUUCAGGUCUUUGGAGUUACUGACGGCAGCCUCCAUCCAGCUGGAAGCAUCCAGUCCCAUGUUCCUCCAGGAGGACCAACCUGUCAGACAGAUCCUCCUGCAGCUCCGGAAGGACGAGGACCACGUGGUCCCAGUCUGGAUCAUACUGGGGAGCUCAGUGGGGGGCCUGCUGCUGCUGGGCCUGCUGGUGGUGGCCCUGUGGAGGCUCGGGUUCUUCAACAGAGGGCGGAGGCAGCGGGAGGCGGAGCAUCCAGCAGCCAAUAGGAAGCCAGAGGAGGAGCUAUGAGCUCGGAGGGACCUGAGGUCCGUGUGACUUAACACACAACUGUGGGGACUGCUGAUCACGUGACACAGCGGUCCGACCUGACCUGUUGUACUAAUUCACAAGUGAAUGAGGAGUCCCUGAACGCAUCACCAGUCAAACCUUCACGAGUUGCUGAAUUUUGUUUGAAAACCAAUUAAAUUGAGGAGUAGCUUCCUGUAAAAAUUCCUACGUAUCAUGAAAUAAAAUAGACUUCAUAGAUGAUGGGAAACAGAAUAACUAUUUUAAACUGGACACAGAUUAGCUCAAAGCUAACUAGCUAACGCAACAAUAUUUACACCUGGGAUGAUGCCUUCAGGCUCUGCUGGGAGAAACAAAAGCAGAUAAUUAUGAUUUAAUACUGAUCUUAUUUUUAAAUGAUGGAAACAGUAAAAUCAUCUUAUGAACACUUUGUAUAUUAUUUCAGAUUUGAAUGUGAUACUUUGUAUAAAGUCAAAUUACAACUUCUUGUAAAUAUGUAUGUAGGUUUGUACUGUGUGACGCCACUUUGCAUGAUGUAAUAAAUAUACAAUGUAUCAUUUUCUAAUAACUUAAAAUCUUCAAUUCUGUAUUAUUUUUUAAAAUUAUAUUUUAAAGAUGUUGAGUCG